UCAAUUGCCAAUGUUGGUGAUCACAUGCCCACUGGAGCUGGUUCUUCUUAUUUUUAGCUGAUAGGUGUGGAACCCGAUGUGGUCGUCUGCUGCAAUAGCCCAUCUAUGACAAGGAUCGACAAGUUUUGCAUUCCGAGAUGCCAUUCUGCACACCGCUGUUGUACUGCACCUUUAUUUGUCUGUUUGUGUCCCACCUGGUAGCUUGCACGAUUCUUGCCAUUCUCCUUCGACCUCUCUCAUCAACUAGCUAUUUUCGGCUACGGGACUGCCUCUGACUGGAGGUUUUUUGUAUGUCGCAACAUUCUCGGUAAACCCUAGACACUGUCGUGCGUGAAAAACCCUGGAGGGCGUCCGUUUCUGAGAUACUGGCAACUACGAUCAUACCACACUCAAAGUCGAUUAGGUCACUCGUCUUUAUCCCAUUAUAACGUUUAAUUGAACAGUAACUGAAUGCCUCGAUGCCUGUUUGCCUGCUUUUUAUAGCAUGCCAUGGCCACUUGACUCACUGCCUGUAGGAGUGUUCAAUUUUUGUGAAUGUGGUGGUGUACCUAAUAAACUGUCUGGUGAAUGUAUGUUAUAUGCAUAACAUAUUAUGUUUGUCAGACUGAUAGUUGUUUGAGUAGGACACAAAGUAUUCUCUCUUGGGUUCAGAUAUAGUACCGUAUGCUCCCCUGUUUGUGUUGAGGCUUGUGUGUGACCCUGCGGUAAUUGCAACGGCUGACAAUGGAAUCGUUUUGGAAGUAGACGUCUGGCAUGUGCAGAUAUCUAUGGUUUCAAUACAUGGCAUUUCCUGUCAACUUAGGGGUAACUAGCAUACUAGCUAGCAAGGAGCUAACAUGGCUGCGCGACUGUUCAUGAUAGAUAGCUAACCUCAAAGUAAACUAAACAGAGCCAUAAGAAAAUUAUAGGUUAAAUGACAGAACAAUGCAUAGCUAGCAGCAACGGGUGCGUUCAUGCUAAUGUGUCGUGAGUUUAUAAGCUAACAUGGACCUUGGAUCAAUGCUGUACAACAAUUUGAAAGAUGUAUCAUGGAGCACGACGUCUUUACCCUUAGAUCGACUUGUCAGUGUUUAUAGACUGCCGCAAAUUGUCAAAUUGGACAGUGGUGAGUUGGUGGACGGCUUACGAGACCAUGACUACCUCUUGAUUCAUUCCUGUCGGCAAUGGACAACAAUCACUGCACACAGUCUGGAGGAGGGCCAUUAUGUCAUUGGACCCAAAAUAGAGAUCCCAGUGCAUUAUGAAGGUCAGUUUAAGCUUCUGGAGCAGGACAGAGAUGUCAAGGAGCCGGUGCAGUACUUCAACAGCGUGGAGGAGGUGGCCAAGGCAUUUCCCGAACGGGUUUAUGUCAUGGAGGAAAUUACGUUCAAUGUGAAGAUGGCUUCAGGUGAAUGCAACGAGGACACGGAGGUGUACAACAUCACACUAAGCACCGGUGAUGAGCUCACCCUCAUGGGCCAGGCAGAGAUCCUCUACGCCAAGGCGUCCAAGGAGAAGUCACGCUUCAACACAAUCUUCAAGAAGAUCAGCAAACUCAACUCCAUCAGCAAGAUGGCAAACCGUGGCAAGAUGCCCUGCCUCAUCUGCAUGAACCACCGGACCAACGAGAGUGUCAGCCUGCCCUUCCAGUGUAAGGGCCGCUUCAGCACCUGCAGCCCGCUAGAGCUCCAGAUGCAGGAGGGCGAGCACACCAUCCGUGACAUCGUGGAGAAGACCCGUCUGCCCGUCAACGUCACUGUGCCUGGCAGCCCGCCGCGCAACCAGCACGACCUGCACCUGAUCCGCGAGGGCCACCGCUACAAGUUUGUCAACAUCCAGACCAAAACGGUGGUGGUGGGCUGCGUGCUGCGCAGUAACAAGAUCCUCCCUGUCCACUUCCCGCUCCACAUGGCCUCCAUGCCCAAGUUCAUCAUCCCUGAAGGACUGCUGCAAAGUGAGCUGUGGCUGGACACCAUGGUGCACCGCUGGUUCACCUUUUGCCAGGAGCAGUUUGACAUUGAUGACUAUUCCCGUGCUGUGCGCGAUGUCAGGACCGACUGGAACGACGUCGACGGGAAGAGCCCCAAGAAGAGCAGUGGGAGCGGUAGUAGCAACAGCAAUGGCUGCCCCUCCCACAUGCACGUGCCCAGCUCUCUCACGUACGCCCGCGACGAGCUUACCCAGUCAUUCCACCGACUGUCUGUGUGCGUCUACGGCAACAAUCUACACAGCAACAGCGAGGUCAACCUGCAGGGCUUCAUGACGCUGUGUGGGGACUGGGCGCUCCUGCCGCCCGAGGGCGUGCCGGUUGACUCGGUCGACACAGAGUACCUCUUACCUGAGCUGCUGGAGAACAUGAGCCAGUCCGUCCUUAAGUCGGAUGUGCCCUACGAGGAGCUGUGGCUGGACCACUUGAGAUCAAGUCGGGGAGGAGGGCACAGUGUUGGCGGCGAGGACCCGAGAAGCACCAGCAACACGAUCUGCACCUCCAUGGCGGUCCUAUCGUACCCUGUCUCCUCCAGUCAUGUGGGCCCAAUGAUCAGCUCUGAAAUCUGUCUACCUCCGCCCCCAGUCCCUCCAAAGUCCGAUGCUGUGAAGGAAGAAUGUCGUCUAUUGAACGCCCCUCCCAUUCCCCCCCGAAGUUCCAAGCAGAUGAUGUCCACCCCAACGAUGUCCACCACAACGCCGGCUGGAGCUAAGGCGCGGCAGGCGGAAACGCGCUCUCCAAGCCCUACUCUCUCCUACUACGCCUCAGGCCUACACAGCAUCAGUGGAGGAGAGAAUGAAGUGACCGAGGCGGAGGAGCAGAACCACGUGUGUUACCCCUGUAACUGGGUCAAGACCAACGAGGACAGCCCGACAACGUCUCACGUGAGCCCACCGUUCGACAGCGUCCCUUCUAGACUAUCGUGGCCCAACGACUUCUGUGGACAGGCUUCUCAAGGCAUGGAGGAGUUCCUGCCCAUCCACUGUCAAAGUUACUACAGCUAUCCCCGAAAAAGACCCCUGGGCACGCCUAAGUCGCCAUGCACUUCCAGCCUUUUUGACUUUGACGGAAGAGAGCAGAGCAGUAACGCCGUCCCCUUCAAAGCCUCGUACACUAAUCAGUUUUGCACCAAGUCGUCGAGCUACACCCUGGAAAUGUACAGAGAUAAUACUAUUGAAGAAUGUAACACUAAACAAAGCCUGUCGUGCCCCAUCUUGCCCCCGAGGACCCCCAAAUCAAACGAGACAAGUAAAGGUACAGAUGCAGUCAAAGGUACGGAGCAGGACACUCUAAAGUGCCUGGUCAGCCAACAACACGAUCAGGUCACAACGACAGACAUAUUCUCUAUUUCCUAUCCGCCCCUCCCCCCACCGUCACUAUCCUCCCUCUCUGCACCAGCCCCCGAAGGACCUUGGCAACCACCCACCAACCUAUCUGGACUCUCCAUCGAAGAGGUGUCCAAAUCGCUACGGUUCAUUGGCCUCUCCGACGACAUUGUGUCUUUGUUCGUCACGGAGAAAAUCGAUGGAAAUCUUCUGCUGCAGCUUACGGAAGAGAUUCUGUCGGAGGACUUCAAGUUAAGCAAACUCCAAGUGAAGAAACUUAUGCAGUUUAUUAACGGUUGGAGGCCUAAAAUAUAACCUAACCCUUUAACAAAAGUACUAGUCUAGGAAGAAAAAAAAACAUGCAAUGUGCUGUGAAUGCCGGCGUAAACUUUUGCCUUCAGUUUUGUACUCUGGAGGUUGUUUCAUAGCAUGAGUUGGCCAGACGAUUUUCCUCAACAUUCUGAAACAACUCUGCAUAUUCUAGUUCUUCGAGAAAGAUAACACUUGAAUUGGGCAUGGUAUAUAACUGACUAUAUAAUCUCUCUCAAUAACCCAUAGUCCACUUUAAGCUUUCUUGUGGAACCAGAAAACCAAGAGUAAUCUCAGUGUAUCUGGAAGUUGGCUGCUUAACUUGUUGAUCCAGCUCUCCGAAGUCCAACCCUGGUAACCAUUACAGUUGUCUAACUAUGUCACAGGGAUGUGUUGUGUAUUAACUCUUGUCAUGUUCUAUUAUGUUUGAUUUCCUCUUUGUCCUCUUUAGGGACAUUUUCCCUCAACUCUGUUACUACCUGCUUUAACCCAAAGCCCUUCCACAGAAGUAAUUGGAGGUUAUUAAUGAAAGUUUGCGAUAGCAGGCACAGCUGCUAAAUCCAAGCGAUGGCAUUUAACUCAUAACAGUGUGCACUUGUUGCCUUAUUAUAAUACUGACUUAAUAUGCAAGUAACAACAACCAAUACAAUGUAACUUCAGAUUCUGCAAGAUGCACUUGUCAAAAAAAAAAAGACUUUACCAGGUCAAAUGGACUGUACAAUCAACUCAUGAUAUUGUGAAAAACCACAAAGUUUUUUAGCAACGUUGACUUUACGUGUAAUAGCUAAAGAAGGGGAAGCUUUGGGGAUCAAGAAGGAACUAUGUACCAUUACAGAAGGAACAUGUAUUUGACUAAAUGAAAUGGAGAAAUUGUUAUAUAGACUGCAAGGAUAUGUUACAUUGAAAAUAUUGAAUUACUGAAAUAGCUAUUGAUUAAUUUGAUAUAAACUGAACUAACAAUAUUUUCCCUUUUUAUUGUGCACAUUCACAAAUACAGACUUUCUCAAACUUGAAACAGACCAGACUAAUCUGCCUUAAUUUAACCCACCACAGAACUUUAACUAAACUAAAUUUAGCUUGGGGCCGUUCAAGAGGGUGCUGCAUUAUGGAACGUUCAGAUAGAUAGAUAGAUAUAUAUGUAUUCUAUAGCACAGAUGAUUGUCAUGUAUAGAAAAGAGAAUCAUGUUGCCUCUAUUCAUUACAUGUAUAUCUGCUAUGUUCUGAAUGUUUCACCUCACUGAAUACACCUCAGGUGUAAUUUUUCCUUUGUGUUUUUGUGUCAUGAAUUAGUGUAAUGUUAUGCAAGUGAUAAAAGGGUGGUAAGUAAUUGUAACUGUAAAAUGACCAGUAGCACAGGACUAAACUGUAAAAUGCUCAUCGACAAACUCUGUUGUCAUGGAAAAACUGACAUUGUUUAUGAACAACCCCUAUUAUAUUUUGACUUAACUUUCUAUGGUUGUGUAUGAUCAAUAAAAAUGGACACAUU